CUCUCGCGAGAUCCCCGGGUGCGUGCACGGGGCCUGCUGCUUCCGGCUAGAGGGGAGGGGGGGUCGGUGCAGAGUCAGCUGGGGAGGAGGGGGCGGGAGGAGGAGCGCGAGCCGGAGCCGGAGCAGGAACCGCCAGCGAGCCGGCCCCGGGAGCCCCCGCACCGCCAUGGGUAACAUCUUCGGGAACCUGCUGAAGAGCCUGAUCGGCAAGAAGGAGAUGCGCAUCCUGAUGGUGGGGCUGGACGCGGCCGGGAAGACCACCAUCCUCUACAAGCUGAAGCUGGGCGAGAUCGUCACCACGAUCCCCACCAUCGGCUUCAACGUGGAGACUGUCGAGUACAAGAACAUCAGCUUCACCGUGUGGGACGUGGGCGGCCAGGACAAGAUCCGGCCCCUGUGGCGGCACUACUUCCAGAACACCCAGGGGCUGAUCUUCGUGGUAGACAGCAACGACCGGGAGCGGGUGAACGAGGCGCGCGAGGAGCUGAUGCGGAUGCUGGCCGAGGACGAGCUGCGGGACGCUGUGCUCCUCGUCUUCGCCAACAAGCAGGACCUGCCCAACGCCAUGAACGCGGCGGAGAUCACGGACAAGCUGGGCCUGCACUCCCUGCGUCACCGCAACUGGUACAUCCAGGCCACGUGCGCCACCAGCGGCGACGGGCUCUACGAGGGCCUGGACUGGCUGGCCAACCAGCUGAAGAACAAGAAGUGAGCGUGAGCUGCCCCCCCCCGCGCCGCGAGGGGCCGGGCGGAGCCGCCCUUCUGCCCACCCCCCCUCAGGCUGGCAGGACCCGUCGGCUCUUCCCCCCUCCCCUCUCGCUGGGUUUUGCUUUCUUUCCGGCACCGGUUGCUGUGGGUUUGAUUUGGGGUCUCGGUUCUGGUCCCCUCCCCUGCCCCGGGGUUUGCACGGAUCUCGGGGUGUGUGCGCGUGUGAUGAAUAUAUCGAUAUCUAAAUAUAGGGGGGGGCGGGAGGCAUCUGCUUCCGCGCUGGGGCAGCCCCCUGCCCUCCGGGGGGGCGCCGACGGCCCCGCGUGGGGCAGUGGCCUUUCUUUUGUGUUGUUUUUCUGUUGUUCUUGGUGCCCUGUGACGUGACUCUAAACACGGAGGUGAAUUCCUCAAGGCAGCUUUAAGCUUCUGGGGGGGGGGCGCUGCUGGUCUGUGCUGGGGGGGAGGGGACACUGCAGGGGGAGGGGGGCAGCUGGGGGAGUCGUUCCUGGGUCUCAUCCCGUUCCAUCUUUCACGGGGGGGGGGGGAGUUGUAUCACUUGCUAGGGCAGUGCCCCCUGCUGGCAACACGGCCCUUCCCCCCCACCCCCCCUGCACAUUCCCAGCCCCCCUGCACCACACUGUACAGACACUGGGGGGGGGCUGGCAGAGCUGGUGGGGGACCGGCCAGUGCAGUCUCUGUGGUUCCCGAGGGGCGAGAGAGGGGCCAGGCCGGGGGCUGUGGAUUCAGUGGCAGAAUCGGGACCAUGGUGGAAAUUGCCCCCCCAGCCUCUCCCCCCCUCCCCAGGUUUCAGACGCUGCCGGACCCAGCGUCCCCGUGCGCUUCCCUGUGUCUCCACUGGGGCGGUGCCCCGACAGCACCCACAGCUGCUCAAUGACUCCCCCAAGGUUGCCCCAGAGCUUGCUGCGGGGCCCCAGGUUCGCCCCCCCACACACACACCAAAUCAUGUCACUUCAAGAGGCAGGAUUCCUCCCCCUGCAGCAGCCCCCCCACGUUCCCCAGCACCCGCCUCCUCGGCAGCAGUGGGGGACGCUCCGGUUAUCACGACUUCCUGCGGUGGGGACCCCCCGAGAAGCGCCUGUCAGGCUAAGCAGGGAUUUUGGGGAGAUGCAUCAGGGACCCCCGCUGCCCCCCCAGGACUUGCCCAUAGCAGAGGGGUGGGAGCCCUGGGGAUCCUGCCCCCAGGGGCCGGUGGUGGGAGCACUAGCUCAGCUUGGGCUGGGUAUUUAGCGGCUGUUUCUCAGCGGGCUGGUUACCAAGGAGUGUUGAUUUUUCCUUUGUCCCACCCCAGCAGUCAGGCAUGUGACCCCCCCCAUCCCUCUCCCCCAAGAUGAGGGAAAUUGGGCCUCACCCACUCCCCCCGGCUUGGGGAGCCACCUAACCAGCCAGCAGGGGGCAGCGAUUCGCAAGUGACUCCUGCGCCUUGAACCAACCCCCCCCCCCCCCCCUGUGCAGCACAGUGAUUGUAAUGAGACCCAACACCCCCUCCCCCCCGGGGCGGGCGGGCGGGCGGACUGUCAGCUCCUCCCCAGCACAUGUAUUUAUACCCCCGGUCUCUGCUUGGUGUGACAUGGUGCCCGUGGUUCUGCCCUGGGACGUGGCCUGUGUGUCUAGCACCCCCCCCCAGCUCUCGGGGUGCUGGAUACAGGAGGACUCCUGUACCCCCUUGAAUAUUAAACAUGUUUUAUGUA